AUGUGUCCCGAUUCGCCCCAGCUGACAAAACCGGUUGGCGGAGUGGCGGUCCUACCCGUUGUCGGCAAAAAGGACAAGGAGAAGGAAGUUAAGGAAGUCUCGCCCGUCAAGGAGGAAGCCGUCAACGGAAACAAUGGCAACCAGGAAGCACUCAACUCAUCUACCGAAGAAGCGACGUCUCCUUCCGGAAAGCGAAAGGGCGGCUUCCUGUCCUUCCCGUCCGGGCGCAGCAAGGACAAGAAGACUCCGGUGGCCGCCGCCACCACCAAUGGUGACGGUGGCGCCAAGAAGGACGCGUCGUCCCCAGUGAAGGAACAAACCCAGGCACAGGGCCAGAAAGAGGGCGGUAAACCCGGCUUCACCAAACCGUACGAGUACUCCGAGAGCGACCCCAACACUAGUCCCAACAAGAAGAACGUCAAAACGCGCGGCUUCCGGUACGACGAAGAUCCGUCGUCGGGCACGGGUGGCCAGAACAAGGAGGACGCCCAGCUGAGUCCGAACUCGCAGAGCCGACGCGCGACCGGGCUGGCCUUCAACUACGCUCCCGGAGAGGACGCGAACGUGCGCGAAUCGGUCGAGAAGCGCAAGGUUCCGGGAACGCCGGAAGCGGCGGUUAAGGCGAGCGAGAAGCUCUCGCCGACGAGUGCUGGUCGUGGGCUGGCCGGGGAGGGAGAUGCCGAGAAGGGGGUGAGGACAAGCGCGCGAUCGUACUCGCCGAACAAGGGCCGCGGGGUUGAUGGGGCGCUGUCCGGGGCUGGAUCGUUCCGUCCGUUGGACGAUGGUGCGGAUCCGAACAAGUCGUUCAUUGCGGGUGAACAGCAGGGUGGAAUUGUUCCGGUUGUCGCGGGGCCUCCGGAGCCGGUUAAGAAGAAGGUGAAGAUCAUGGUAAUUAUUUCUCGGUUCGAUCCUAAGACGAAGAAGGUUGAUACGGCGAACGGAGUUGUGGAGCACUCGACUGGGGUGUUGGACACAAAGAGUGGUCAGAUUGAGAGCAAGUACGGAGUUAUUGAUCCGAAGGCGGGAACCGUUGUGAACUUUAACCAGCGAACCGGCCAGAACGAGACCUUCCAGGGUCAGACGGAUCCGAAGACGGGACAAAUUCACAUCGUGACUGGAGUAGUUGAUCCGAACACGGGCAAGAUCGACGACAAUCUUGGACAGGCCAUUAUCGUUGUUCCGGAUGAUGAUUCGAUCGUGGAGAUCACCACGAUCACGAGCAAGGUUGACCCUGCUACCGGAAAGAUCGACACGACCAAUGGGGAAGUUGAGCGAACGCGUGGUAUUUUGAACAGCAAGACCGGUUUUAUUGCGACCAAGUAUGGUGAGAUCAACCCGAAGACAGGGGAGUUGAGAGCGGUAGAUCCCAAGACUGGCAAGAUCGUUGUUAGGACGAUCACGGUUGACAAGGAUAACGGACAGGUUACGAUCGUUGGAGUUACCGAUCCGAAGACCAACAAGGUUGACAAUGGCCAGGGCCACUUGAUCGCGAUUGGUAACCAGGUUGAUCCGGUUGUUGAGGUUACCUCGGUAUUGGGUAAGCUGGACAAGAAGGGUAUUGUUGACCCGAAGACGAUCACGUACGAUAAGAGCACUGGUCAGUUGGAUACUAAGGACGGUAAGAUCAACACCAAGUACGGUCAGUUUGAUUUGGUGAAGUCGACGCUGACUUCGGUUGACCCGAAGACGGGCAAAACUGAGACGAAGGAAGUGAAGAUCGACCCUGUGACGGGUCAGGUCGUGUUGAAGAAUCAGGUCAAUCCGAAGACCGGCAAGCCGGACAAGGAUUAUGGUAGGAUUGUUUCGAUUAGAAUUGUUCACAACCGUAUUGACCCAGCUAGUGGAAAGCAUGUUUCCAGCGUUGAAGAUAAGGACAUUAAGGUUGAUCCGAAGACCAACCAGAUUUGGGUUCCCGAGGGUAAGGAUAAGAGCACUGGCGAGACGAUCUACAGCUCGAGUCAGGUAGAUCCGAAGACCGGCUACGUUAUCACCAUUUACGGUUAUCUGAACCCCAAGACGAAUGAAAUCGAGAAGCAAACAAAGCUGGAUCCGAACUUGACCAAGGUUGAUCCUACAACCGGACAGAUCUACGCCGCUACUGGACAGGUUGACGAAGCUACUGGCGAGCCACUGUUUGCCGCCUCGCAAGUCAACGCUGAAACUGGGGAGAUCUACACCAAGAUCGGCAAGGUAGAUCCCAAAUCGGGCAAGCUGGUGAUCAUCAAGAUCUUCAUCCUAACCAAGAAAGACGAGCGAGGAAAACCCGAGGAGGUCGAUGUGAACGGAGUUGACUUUGACCCGAUCACAGGAAAGAUCAACAACAUCGCGACCAAGACGGUGUACGUUUACAAGAUGCGCGAUCCGAUCACCGGAGAAACCUAUGCGGUUGAUCCGAACGACCCCAGCAUCGCUGGAGCCCGAACGACUGUAACGCAAACGAUGACUCUCAGCGGAGAAAUUGACCCCGCCACCGGACGCAUCAAGUCCGAGUGGGGCCACAUCGACCCGAACACAGGGGACAUCGACCCGGCCACCGCCAUCCGCGAUCCCGUCACCGGCAAGCUGAUCCUCAACUACGCCGACAUCGAACCGAGCCACUUUGGCAAGAACGUCACCGUCACCAAGGAAACGGUCCCCAUCACGCGGGAACAGUUCUACGAAGGCAUCAAACAUCUCGGCGGCAAGAAGGCCGUCCGGCGGGACUCGGAAAGCUCCGACGAUGACAUGGCCGAGUACGGCAGCGAAAGUAUCAAGGAGAUGAGCUCGGGAACGCCCCGGAAUGCAGCGGCAGCGGCCGCAGCGGGUGGCAAGUACGGCGGAACGCCAACCGUGGUGAAAACGACAACGAAACAGGUUAUCACGAAGAACGAAGACGGCGUCACGCACAACGUCGAGGAAGAGGUGCAGAAUCUGGGCACGGGACAGAUCGUGUACUCCACGCAGGAGCACAAGGCGGACGCCCCGAGCGAUAGUCACGGUAAAUUCCUUACGGCGACGGCGGUGACCACGCGGACGGCCACAACGCACGAAGAUCUGGGCACGAACGCCAAGACGCAACAGCUGGAGGAGAAGACGGUCGCGACCACGACGACGCAGCACGGCGAACGCCAGGAACAGCGGGUCAUUACGCAGGAGGUCAAAACGACCGCGACCGUCACCAGUGGAGAUCAGUAUGCUCGCCGCGAAAGCAUUUCAUCGACGAGUUCCGGCGAUUCCGGAACGCCCAUCGAUGGACCGUACGGCGAGGAGGACGACUCGACGGUCAUCUACAACAAGAGCUACACGGGUGUGGACGACGUUGCGGGCGCCUCAAAGAUCCCAACCGGACCGAACGUGGAACACCACCGAGUUCUGCUGGACGACAGCCAGAGUGGCGUCACGGCCGAAGGCGAAAUCGUGUCCUCCCAGACGGUCUCCAGCAAGACGCGAACGGUGGAAACCAUUACCUACAAAACGGAACGCGACGGCGUGGUGGAAACGCGGGUUGAACAGAAGAUCACCAUCCAAUCGGACGGCGAUCCCAUCGACCACGACAAGGCCCUGGCCGAGGCCAUUCAGGCCUCGAGACGGUUCCGCACGGAUCCGGAGGAGCGAAUGCGCCAGCUUAGCAAUGCCAUGUUCGAGCGGAAGUAUAACUUUCCCAAGUUUUGAGAGCAGGUGGCGUGGUUUUGAGGAAGCAACCGCCAUGAAUCCCGACAUGACCGUGGAGAAGAUCGAAAUCCAGCAGCAAACACAGUAAGGCGUCUCUUCUCUCCCUCUCUCUCGCAUUGAGGCGAGGAAGUGACAGCAAGCGAGCAUGCUUCUCUCACGCUGCGUGUUUAUCUGUGUACGUAUGUGUGUGUGCGCGCGCGCUUAUAUCAGCUGAAAAUGAGCAAACAUGAUGGUUUCCACUCACAACAAUAGAAUGGGAGAAAUAUCACAAGCGCAGUGCAAAAUCGUCAUCAUCACAGUAUCUUUUAGGUUGCGAAUUAUGUUUUUUUUUUGUUCUCUUUGUAAGAAUUGGUAAGAGUUGAACAGUUGGACGCAAAAUUCAGUCACAUUACCGUUUAAGAUGUAUGAGGACAGUUGAUAGUUUAAGCAUUUUCUAAUUUUAUUACAAAAUAUAACAAGAUAACAGAAAAAACAACAAACAUACAAACAAAGGGACAAAUAUUGAGAGCAACACUGAUGAAAAGGAUAACAAUCAAAUCGCUUUAGGUCUGAAUGUGUUGUUUGCUGUGCAUAAUGAUUAAAACGCAAGAAAAUUAAAAGUUGUUGAACAAUAUUUAACAAUAUUUACACGCAAAAGAAGGUAAGAUGCAGGAGAAGAGCUUUUAUUGAUUGAUGAGAUAAAGUAAAGAAAAAAACCUAUUUAAACGUGAGCGAAGUCGAAUAUUUGCUUUCAAUGUUUCAUGUUUGCGCAAGCCGAGAGCAGCCGGAAUCGUAUAUUAUAUUACACAAACAAAAAGUCUAUAAACUAUCUUUUCAUAAAGAAGGAAAACUAAAAAAUAUUGAACAAGAAAUUUACAGUAUCAAGGCGACGCUGAAAGAGAGAACCAAAUGAACUUUUUCGUGCUCCUAUCUGUAGACAAAACUUUGCAAAACUAUACUCUUAUACAACAAAAAUCGUAGAACUUUUUCCCUUUCUCGUACCUACUCGUAUAUUACAAUAAGCAGUUUUUCCUACUCGCAAAUUGCGCCCGAAACAUCAACAAAAAAAAAUAGCAAAAUUUUUAGCCGAACAUAUUUAAUCAACAUACAACCAUCGUGUUCAUUGAAUGGAUUUUCAGCAUCAAAUCAAACUUUACAACAAAAAAAAAAGACCGAAUCCACCAAAAAGGUACCAGAGAGAAAAGAGUCAAGUUUGCUACAGAAUCGUAAUGAGUGCACACUGAAAAAAAAGGAAAGCAAAGUCGUUGCCUUAUUUUUCGUCGAAAUUCUCUCUUUCUUCAACUCGUUUAAAAAAACACUCUAUCUUAGCUGUACUUUUUUCAUGAAAAAAAAAUCUUGCAAUAUGUUGAUUUAUCUGUAGUUUUGUCGUCUGUGUACUUCUAUUUAUUUCCUAAUUUUAAUUAACAUUCCGAUACGAAACAUAAAAAAGAAGAAUUUAUUCGUCCGUUUUUCAAACGGUGUAAAUCGUACUAAAUCUAACUUAUUUCACCCCCUCUCUUUACUUAUGCUUUUUUGGUGAUUCCUUCUUCUUCGUCCUAGAGAUAAAAGUAGUAAAACUGCAUAAUUUCAUUUACAAGAAAGAUUCGCUUCAAAACUUUUUGUACUUUUUGUGUGAAUGAAGCUUUUACAGCUAAAAAUGACACCGCGAAAUAAAUAAGUAAGGAAAUAUGUUUCCGAAUUUGUUUAAUUGUUUUUAUUGCCAAGUCCCCAUGUAGUUGUUCCGUCGCGUGUAAUUUUCAGUGCAACAAUUUAAACCGAUUUGUAGGCGUAGAUUUGUAAGCAAACCUCCCCCUCAUUAUUUUCUGUAAACCCCUAAUUAUUAUUUUUGUUUUAAGAGAGAUUUAUUUAUCGCAGCAUAAGAAGAAGAAAAAAUAUUCAAAAAACAACAAGUACUAGUUAUUUAGAAACGCCUUUUCAAGUGUGAAGCAGAAAACAAAUGCAAACGAACGUGGAAAAGCGAGCAAAAAACGCGCGCGCUUUCGCGAUUAAUCAAACAGCAAAAUUUAUAAGUGUACGCGACCGGCAGAUGAAAGCAGAAAUAAAAAAAUAAAGAGGAAAUAAAGUGAUUAAGUCUCUAGCUUAUGUGACAAAAAAUAA